CUGCAUUGUCGAUUUGAUUCCUUUUCUUCAUGAUCUGGGCAUUGAUUCAUGUUUUCUCUUGUACAAGAAUGAUUUGAUUUUGGUUGUUGUUGUUUAUUUUGCAAAAUUUCAUUGUAGAAAGAUUGUAUAUAUGCAUAUGGAAACGUGAAAUUAUAAAGAGUUGGUGCAGCGAUGAGCAAAGAAGGCAGUAGUAGUGUGUAUAAGGCAUGGGAGGCUACGGUGCGCAAAACGCAGGCUGCAAGGAAGCGUGCUAAUAGCAUUUUUGGAAUAUCAGUGGACCAUGCAGACGAGGAUGAUCAUGAUCAUAGCAGUGACGAAAGUGAUUGUGGCCCUGAAGAAAUGAUAUAUAAUGCAGAUAGGAUUCUUGCCAAUGGAGACUACUACACCGGUUUUUGGUGCGAAAAUUUCCCUCAUGGCCAAGGCAAGUACUUGUGGACCGACGGGUGUAUGUACGUUGGAGAGUGGUUUAAAGGGAAAACCAUGGGGAAGGGCAGGUUCAGUUGGCCUUCCGGGGCUACAUAUGAGGGCGAAUUUAAAAGUGGGUACAUGGAUGGAAUUGGUACAUACACAGGGACAAAUGGUGACACUUACAAGGGACAAUGGGUUAUGAAUUUGAAACACGGACACGGUACUAAGCAUUAUUCAAAUGGGGAUUGGUAUGAAGGAGAAUGGAGACGCGGGUUGCAAGAAGGUCAUGGGAGGUAUCAAUGGAAGGAUGGGGAUAAUUAUACUGGGGAAUGGAAGAAUGGAGUGAUUUGUGGAAAGGGGUCAUUUAUUUGGAGUAAUGGGAAUUUGUAUGAUGGAAAUUGGGAAGAUUCGGUGCCUAAAGGGAAUGGGACUUUCAGAUGGCCUGAUGGGAGUGUUUAUGUAGGGAAUUGGAGUAAGGAUCCAAGUGAGCAAAAUGGGACUUAUUAUCCAUCCCAGUCAUCUCCAGAUGCCAAUCUUGAAUGGAACCCUCAAGAUGUGUACAAUGUUGAUUUGAAGGAUUGUAAAAUAUGUCCCGGGGAGAAGGUUUCGAUUUUGCCAUCGCAGAAGAAGCUUGCGGUGUGGAGAUCAGCAAAGGGUGAAAGUGUUAAGCCAAGAAGAAUGUCAGUGGACGGAAGGGUAAGUGUAGGGUUGGAUAGACCAUUUGAUAGGCUGCAAAUGUGGGAUGGUGGGGAUCAUGAUCCACCUUGUAAUGCUGGUGAUCAUAGGCCUUCUACUGUGGGGGGAGAAUUGGUUGAAGAUUUGAUGGGUUUACAUGUGGAAGAUGGGAAUCAAAGGGGACUGGCAAUGAAGGUAUCUAAGACGGGUAGGAGACAAGGGGAAACAAUCAGCAAGGGGCACAAAAAUUAUGAACUCAUGCUCAAUUUGCAGCUAGGAAUCAGGCAUUCUGUUGGAAGACCAGGUCCAUCUGGAUCCCUUGACCUGAAGCCUUCGGCUUUCGACCCCAGGGAAAAAUAUUGGACAAGAUUUCCUCCAGAAGGCUCCAAAUAUACUCCACCACACCAGUCCUGUGAAUUUAAAUGGAAGGAUUACUGCCCUUUAGUCUUCAGGACUCUUAGGAAGUUGUUCAAGGUCGAUGCAGCUGACUACAUGUUAUCAAUCUGUGGGAAUGAUGCUCUUCGGGAACUCUCUUCUCCUGGUAAAAGUGGCAGCUUCUUUUACUUGACCAAUGACGAUCGCUAUAUGAUCAAAACUAUGAAGAAGGCAGAAGUAAAAGUGCUUAUGAGGAUGCUUUCGGCCUAUUAUAACCAUGUUCGGGCAUACGAGAACACUCUAGUGACUAAAUUUUAUGGUCUGCACUGUGUAAAACUAACUGGCCAACCUAUUCAAAAGAAGGUGCGGUUCAUCAUUAUGGGGAACCUUUUCUGUUCUGAAUACAAGAUUCAUAGGCGUUUUGACUUGAAGGGGUCUUCCCUUGGUCGAACAACAGAUAAGCCUUUGACAGAGAUUGAUGAAAUGACUAUCCUUAAAGACCUUGAUCUUAACUUUAUAUUCCGGCUUCAGAAGUCAUGGUUUCAAGAGUUUUGCAGGCAAAUUGAUAGAGAUUGUGAGUUUCUUGAACAGGAGAGAAUAAUGGAUUAUAGUCUGCUGGUUGGACUUCAUUUCAGAAAUACCUCAGCUGCCGGGGAUCUGAUUCCUUCUGGAGCCCUCACUCCCACUGAUGAAAAUAAGAGCGAUGGAACCCCCCGCCUUUCAAGAGCAGACAUGGAUCAGCUUCUGUUAGACCCAUCGAGGUGGGCUAGUAUUAAACUGGGGCUGAAUAUGCCAGCAAGAGUUGAAAAGACUGAGAGAAAAAGUGAUUGUGAGUUUCAGCUUGUGGGAGACCCAACAGGGGAGUUUUAUGAAGUGAUAAUGUUCUUUGGGAUCAUAGACAUACUUCAAGACUAUGACAUUAGCAAGAAGCUGGAGCAUGCAUACAAAUCCAUCCAAUAUGACCCAACUUCGAUCUCAGCCGUUGAUCCAAGACAAUAUUCAAGGCGCUUUCGUGAUUUCAUAUAUAAAGUAUUUGCUGAAGAGACUACUUGAAACCAAUUUCUUGUUUCUUCAGCCAUGUAGAUUAUAUUGUGUGCACAAACUUUCAUCCUUCGGAGAAAGCUUCUGUCCUUCGCAAUUUUUUGUUUUUUUUAAAUCAUAUAUUAAUUAUACAUACAAGGCCAUAGGUAGAUGUAUUAAAUAUUUCCUUUAAAUUAUAGAAAGAUGCUGUGAGCAGGAGCAGCAGUAGUGCAUUGUAAAUUGUAUCAGAAUCUAAAAUUUUCUGAUCAAUCUAUUCCAUUUGUCUCUUUCUUUGAGUUUGAGAGACAGAGAGGUUUCUGGGACUUGUAGCCUCUGUAUUGUAUACAGGAAAAAUGAAAUGGGAUUCUGAU